AUGGUUUUUCAGAUUGGAGAUCUUCUCGCCCAGAUCAGCGGCGGUGACGAGGGGUCGGCCCCUUCCCCCACAACGAGCCUGUCUCGAUCGAACACGUUACCCAAGAGGAAAGCUGACGAUGACCCUCGAUCGAGUAUUUCCAAGGCGCCUCGAGUCACCACCUUAUCUACCACCGUGGGGCCACGAACAACACAGUCUCCCACUACAUCAUCAAGACCAGCCCUUCCAUCAAGGCCCUCUGACAGACCGACACCCUCACAACGGCCUUCAAAUCCGACAAAUGGAAACAGUAAACCUACUGUCCUGUCUUCCAGACCGAUGAACGGGGGUAACCGGGUCUCUAAACCCGUUGCCCCCAGCAGACCAUCCCCUGGACCCUCGAACGCACCUCCUGCACCUCGUGGUGCUCCACCGAAAAAGGGCUCCUUCGCUGAAAUUCUUGCCCGUGCUCAGAAGGCACAGGCAUCGAUGGGUCAGGUUGGUAAGAUCCAACACAAGAAGGUUGAGGGUGGUACUAUCAAGAAGGGCAAGGAUGAACCACCGCCGCCUGCAAAGAUUGAUCCUCGGACAGUCAAGAACCUGAAGCAACGCCCAUCACCUGCCGCUACAGGCUAUGCUGGCACGGCGAAGUCAGGCCAACGGAAUGGCAUGCCCGUUUCCGGAGCCGGUAAAGAUACACGUAAUGGUAGACCCCUCCCUCCCUCAAAAGCAGAUCGGGGCAGGAUGACUGGCGGCAAGCUACCUGGAGGUAGAGCUGCACCACCCGAGGAAGAACCCAAGAAGGUUAAGAAGGCGGCCGUGGCAACAACAGGAUAUACUGGCACUGCCAGACCUAGACCGGGCAGUGACGCUCCCAAAAAGAAGGACGCUUCUCGUGGUGGAGCGCUACUCAGUGCACCACGAGCCCCCCGCCCAGCACAUUCAAAGUCACGCUAUGAGGAUGACUAUGAUGAGGAGUUGGAUGACUUUAUUGACUAUGACGACGAAGAAGAUGACGGCGGCGGUCCACGAUAUGAUUAUGCCUCCGACGCGUCUUCAGAUAUGGAGGCAGGCUUGGAUGACAUUGAUGUCGAAGAGCGACGAGCAGAACAGAUCGCUCGACGUGAAGAUAUCGAGCAGGAACGUCUUGAGAGAGAACACAAGGCUAGCAAAGAGGCCCGUAAGCGUCAGGCUCUAGAAGCUCUUCGAGGUCGACGCCGAUGA